AUGCAUCGUCUUUUUACUGAGCUGGAGCCAUCUAUUACUGUCACCGAGCAAAACCUGGCAGACCGAGUUCGGUAUAUCUUACGCUCAAAUAUAUUUGAUGGCGCCGAACUCGAACGGCUACGACGUGAGGCUGUUCCCUCAUCAAAUGAAAACGCUACGACUGAGGGUGCGGUGCCACAAGUUGCAGAACAACCCGCACACGUGGAUGCCGCCGAGAAUACCCCAGUGGUUGCUGAUUCAAAUGAUGAAGGAACAUUCACCCAGGAACUAGAAAUAGAGCAAAUGAGGAGUACAUUGGAAGAGGCGAUUAUGGAAACGCGCAGUACGCCUCUCGAAAAUCGACCGCGACUUCCCGCAUAG